UGUAUUGAAUGUGUUUCUUUUCAUUUAAUUUGUAUUAUGUGCACAUUAUAUAGGAAAUAAAUAUGUGAUUGUUUUCAAGUGAUAUUGAAGUGAUAAAUCAGUGUAACUUAUGGAAAUGUUCAACUUAAGAGAUGUAGAACGGGGUCGUGAUGAUGCUGAGAAUCUGAGGCCUCUCUUGUUCACCAUACCAGAGAAUGGACGGCCGACGACCUCAAGACCUACCAAUUUACCCAUUUUCAAUUUAGGGUCGUUUCACAACCCCCAUCCGUCGAUGGUCACCAUGUCUGACUGGACUCCAUCGGAGCCAUCGACUGUCAAUAACACACCAGUUACGGAAGGCAUUGAGAACAUGCCAAGGAAAUGGAGAAGAAGCGACCGCCGCCAGAGAAGACUCAAUACGGAAUUAUUGGAGGCUAUUGAGAAUCAUGAUGUGGAAGAAGUUGAAAGAUUGCUCAACGCCGGCGCCAGUCCAAACGCCACGUGUCGUUUGGACAUGGUCUCAGCAUGCCAUUACGCCGCUAUUGUUGGUGGGGACUCCCUGUCCCUGAUCACAAAAUUUGGAGCUGAGAAAUUACGUCAAGACAACUUGGGUCGAACGCCACUACAUUUGGCGGCGUGGGCCGGGAAUGCGAGACAAAUGGCCGUACUUCUGGAUUUUCCUGAAGAUAUGCACGAUAGCUUAGUCGACUUGGAAAUGUUAUCAAAAGUAGAGGACGAUGUUAAGAAACUUUGCGAGAAGACCAAAGCUUUGGCGAAUGUUCGGUGCGGCAUCGGGGAAGAACAGCCCGUACUUGCAAACCAAUGGAAGGACAACAUCGACCACAAUUGCAAAGGCAUAAAGGGCAGCCUUCCUUUAAUACAACCUGGAUGGACACCGUUACACGUUGCGUCAUCGUGUGCCCGCCGUCAUUGUACCCGUCUACUGCUGGCAGCAGGGGCUGAUCCCAACAUCUGCGAUGAACAGGGCCGUACAGCUCUCGACGUUGCUGGCUCGGCUUAUUACUACGAUCAAGAAGUCGACCCUUCAUAUUUCGUUGAAGUAAUAAAAACACUCAUCAAAGCUAAUGGUACAUUCAAUACAAUGAAGACCAGAGGUCUACAGAAUAUUGAUACUCCACUACAUACAGCUGUAUAUCUUGAAUGUCUGGAUGGCGUGAAUGAACUGCUAAGGGCUGGUGCGUCUAUAGCAAUUUUGAACAGUGCUGGAAAAACACCGUUGCAUGCCUGUGUAGAGAAACAGUAUGAGGAAAUAUUACAGGUUUUAGCCAACUACGGUAACAACGAUGCAGAUCCCUUAUCGGCUAUAGUCGACGUAAAGGACAAAGAAGGACAUACAGUGCUCCAGGCGGCUGUUGAAGCGGCCUGGGUGCCUGGAGUAUGUGUCGCUUUGGAGGCUGGAGCAGAUGUAACGUUGAAGGCUAAUGAUGGAGAAACGCCAAUUCAUUCAGCAGCAGCACUGGGCAAUUUGGAUGUUCUUAAUGAAAUUCUUAGUGUUGCUAAGCAAAAGGAUUCAAUCGAUUAUCAAAAUGAUGAAGGAGAAACAGCGCUUUUUAAAGCUAUUACACAUAGACAUGUCGAUUGUGUUACAUCUAUAUUAAAUGAAGGUGCAUCUAUGAAAAUAACUUUACGAGGAGACGCAAAUGUACUACAUAUAGCUGCAGAGACUGGAAGUUAUGAAGUGUUAAAAGUAUUACUUGAAUACGAUGAAGAUAUAACCAAAGCAUUGAUAAAUGAAUUGACCGAUGGAGGUCGACGAGGUUUUGGCCCAAUACACUUUGCAGUAACAGAAAAUCAUGUGGAUUGUGUUAAACUUUUGCUUUCAAAGCAAGCUGACAUACGAUUAAGAACCCGAUGCAGUCCUCAUAAAUCCUCAACUCCUUUGCACAUAGCUGCUGUCAAAAAUUUAGUAGAAGUAGCAAGAGCAAUUUUAGAAUUCGAUAAGACAACUAUACACGAAGUAAAUAGUAUGGGCUGGUUUCCAUUACAUUCCGCAAGUCAUCAUGGUAGUAGAGAUGUAAUUAGCCUUCUUUUAAGCGAAGGCGCUGAUCUUUCAGGCUACACUGACGGCCCGAAGAAAUUUAAAAGAACUGCAAUAGACAUGAUUGUUAACAAUCUAUCUAAACCUGCAAAUUAUUUGGAAAAUGUUUUUGAUUCGUACAUAUCUACGAAUAAUUUAAAUCUCCAAGAUGCAAACUGUAAGAUUACUGUCGACUACAAAAUACUGAUGCCUACAAUAUGUGAAAUGGAGCAAAUGAAAGUUAUAGAGGCUUUAUUGAAAACGGGAAAUAGAUAUAAUCAGAAAAGGUUGCUGGUUCAUCCAUUAAUUGAAAGCUUUUUGUAUUUGAAGUGGAAGGCACUAUUGCCAUUUUUCUACACUAUAAUAGCAGUUUAUGCCUUUUUUGUUAUGUCUUUAACAACUUUUAUAAUAUCAUUAUUCUUCUACAAAGACACAGAGGCUAAGGCUCCUGUUUGGCUGAGUCCGCAUAUAUGGUUUUACGCAGUUUAUGCAACGAUAUUUCUGAUUCUGUUACAAGAGAUACUGUAUAUGAACGUAAAAUCUAGUAGAUAUUUUCUACAUCUAGAAACGUGGGUAAAAUUUGGAUCAAUUGGUCUGGCAGCUAUACUACCUCCUGCUGUAAUGGUGGCAUCUUGGUCAGAAGCAGAAUGGCCUAGACAUGUAGCAACCUUAGCAUUGCUUCUGUCUUGGUUAGAACUUAUGUUCCUGCUAUCAAGAUUUCCAAAUUGGGGAUAUUAUGUUUUGAUGUUUGGCAAAGUAGCCUCCAAUGUAAUAAAGAUUCUUUGUACAUUUGGGUUCCUCGUCAUCGGAUUCUCCUUAAGUUUCAUGAUACAGUUUCAUUCUCAAAUGCCAUUCGAAGGUCCAUUGGCUGCACUCGUCAAAACCAUGGUUAUGAUGACAUCUGAAUUCGAUUACGUGGCAUUAUUCGAUGAAGAGCAUACCGACCAACUUGAAACAUCCUUAAUAAUAGUCAGACUUAUAUUCGUUGUGUUCUUAAUAUUAGCUGCAAUCGUUCUAAUGAAUUUGAUGGUUGGUGUCGCUGUAAAUGAUAUUAAUGAUCUAGAGGUACUCGGUAAUAUAAGGAGAUUAGAAAAACAAGUAGAAUUUUUAAGUACCUUAGACACGUUAGUAUAUAAUAAAGUAUUCGAGAAACUUCUACCGCACAGAAUUAAUUCUCACAUAAAAAAUAAACGAAACGUAAGAGGAACAAUUACUAUGAAUCCAGGCAAGCCAAAAUGGAAACAUGAAAAAGAUUUACCGUCCAGAAUAAGGAAUGCCAUCUUUGAAAAGGCACAGAAUCAGAAGAAACAAAUGGAUGAUGAACAGGGCUUCCAAGAGUUUAAGGAAAAAAUCGAUGUAGUAUUUAACUUUGUGGUAAAACAAACGAAUAAACAAUUAGAAAAUGAAGCAGCCAAAGAACGGGACGUACCGGGUAAAGGUACAUUGCAAGAAGAAAUAAAGAAACAAUUAAAUGAUUUAGAUGAAGAUAUGUCUGAUAUGAAAGAGCAAAUUACAGCGUACGCCGACAGUUCUAAAUCACCAGUAGAAAAGUUGAACGUAAAAAUGGAUCAAAUAUCAUUAGAAAUUGAGGAGAUCAAACAAUUUUUAAGUAGAUUGGAAAGUAAGUUAGGUAAAUUAUAAUUUAUUAAAGUUUUAUUGUAGUAGUAAUAAUUUAUAGCAAAGAAGUCCUUUUAUAUAUUG